GCCAGUCCCCGAUGACAGCCACCCAGAUGAGCUUUACACCCACGUCCCUGCGCAGAUGGAACCAGACUGGGAAGAAACAAAAGAAGGUGGUAUGCAGGUCAGCCACUGUAGAGGCUAGGCUAAACCAGCCCUCAUAAUGCCCAUACUGGGUCUGCAGAUGGAUGACCACUUCCACCCCCCAGCUGUGGAAAAGAUCCAUGACUGUGGUGUGGAUCCAGAUCAGUCCCUAGGGAAGGUACACGAAAGCUGGGCGAGGAUUGGAGAAUGGUCAGGAGCGGUCCUCUUGAGCUCCAGGACUGUCAUGCAGUCUGUUGUUCCCACUGGACUUUAUUCAAGGUUAGGGCAUUUGUUUGCUUCCAGGAGGUUGUUGCAGACACACUCUGUAACCUUUAGCCUACACAUGGGCAGACUUGGUGAUUUGGAGGCCAGUCUGAGGCCCCUGGCCUAAGUGAUAUUUGGUUAACCCUACCCCACCUUGUGGGCAAAACAUUUGACUGGCUGUGGAGAUUAAAAAUAUAUAUAUAUAUAAUUUUAAAGUACAUUUCCAGCAAUUCUACACAUUUUGCUAUGAGUAGAGAAAAUGUUGCAGUUUUAAAGCUAAUUUCCCGGAUAUUCUACACAUUUUGCCUUGACUUGUGCCAUGUUCAUGCUAUAUAUGGUUGCCUAAUGGUAAGUCCGCCACUGAGCCUACACCCCUCCAUGGUGCUCCUGCUCCCAAAAGCGGUAAACAGAGGUGGUCUGCUCUGGAGUGAUACGCUAGCCCCUGAAACAGGAUGAUUGUGCAAUGGUGAGUGAACGUUUUUCCACUUCAGGACUAUACGUCUCUUGGUGAGGAUUGUAAGCAAGGACACUUCAAGUAGUCCAAUGAAAAUUGAUUGACCUAUCUAUGUCUCACUACUUCAACUACAUCCAUCAUUGGCAUGUGAAAUGAAUGGAACUCAAUCCAUUGAAAAUUCACUAUUGACUUUGUGACCUGCUAUAAUGAUGUCAGUUCAUUGGCUAUUUCCUUCCCAGAUAAAACCCUGGCUUGGGGGUUGCCUUAUCGGACUUAUUUACAGUACAGUGAGUACCAUAUCUAGGACCUAGUGUUAUUGGUAAGUUAUCUUCUCAGCAUCUCCUGAGUAAGUCCAAAACCAUUUAAUGAUUGAUUCCUUUAUGUAACCGACCAGAUGGGCUAGCUGCAGGAUUCUGGCCAGACUCAAAUUUCACAAAGUCGUCAGAAAUGUAUUAUAUAACAGACAAAUUAUGGUCUGCAAGUUGUUGAAGGAUGAAGGAUAUUUAGCGUAUUGUGUGUGUGUGUAUAUAUAUAUAUAUAUAAUUUGCCUUUUUUUGCCUCAAAUGUUUUAUUUCAUUUUUUUUUUUUUAUGUGUUUAAAACUGGCCAAAAAGUGGGCUUUUUGUGUGACUGUUUUAGUCCCUAUCUUAUCCAUUACAUGGUCUUACAAGGACAUCUUAAAGCAGACUGUAGUGUAGUAAACAUUGGGUUUUCAUUUCAAUAGAGAAAAACGAAUGCAAUGCAUGUUUUCCACGCAUCCCCUUGCUUGGCUUGUUUUGCCACAAAUUGUAUUGUGGAGGCUAUUUGUUGGGUUUUUAAUUCCACCGGUCAAUCAUAAAUGAAGUAUUUUUGGCUCCAUUUCAGGGUGAGAGACACAGAGACACUGAUUGACUAUUGUUUUUACCUGUCCUUUGUACUUAUUUGUAUGGCCUCUAUCCUUAGUACAACCCUCCGAAACACCCCUGCCCCGCUGUGUUUUAUUACACGUGCAAGGUCCAAAGAUCAGGCAGGUACAUGCCUGUGGGUGGUGGGACCCUCGGGUAUAAAAACAACAGGCAGACUCAUGCAUACAGUGCUCUCAUACCCCAUCACAUCUCACAUUGGCUUUCUAGACUGACAAUUCACUAGGGACAGUUCGAAAAUGGAGGCAGUCAUGGAUGCCAUGCAGGGCUAUGGGGUGAGCACCACUAAUUACCUUCAGACCAACUAUAAGGACGCCCAGGGUUUGUUCCUGUGGGUGUCCUGGGCUGCUGACCUCAGGAACACCUUCUUCAUCUUCUUCCCUCUCUGGUUCCACCUGCGGGAGUCAGUGGGCAUCAAGCUCAUCUGGGUGGCAGUGAUCGGCGACUGGCUCAACCUGGUCUUCAAGUGGAUUCUGUUUGGCGAGAGGCCAUAUUGGUGGGUCCAUGAAACGCCUUACUACAGCAAUACCACUGCACCUCACAUUGAACAGUACCCAAUGACCUGUGAAACUGGCCCAGGCAGUCCUUCUGGCCACGCUAUGGGAGCUGCAGGCGUCUACUACACACUGGUUACUUCCAUUCUAGCCAUCAUGCUGACCAAGAAUAAGACGGGAUCUUCCUCCAAGGGCCUGUAUCUACGGGGCACUCUGUGGGCGUUCUUCUGGGCGGUCCAGGUCUGUGUGUGUCUCUCCAGAGUCUUCAUUGCUGCCCACUUCCCCCACCAAGUCAUCUGUGGAGUAAUCACAGGUAUGGUUGUCGCCGAGGCGUUCAACAGAACCCAGUGGAUCUACGGAGCCAGUCUGAAGAAGUACUUCUACACCACCCUCUUUCUGCUCUCCAUCGCUGUGGGCUUCUACGUGCUGCUGAAGGCUCUAGGCGUGGACCUGCUAUGGACCCUGGAGAAAGCCCAGAAGUGGUGUGUGAGAGCCGAGUGGGUCCACAUGGACUCCACUCCCUUCGCCAGCCUCCUGCGUAACAUGGGCACCCUGUUUGGCCUGGGCCUGGGCCUGCACUCGCCCCUCUACACCGAGAGCAAGAACAUCAGCGGCACCACCCUCUUUAGGACGGGAUGUAUCGUCACCUCGCUGCUCCUGCUGCACCUCUUUGACUCCUUCAAGCCCCCCACGCACACUGCCGCUGUCUUCUACCUGCUGUCUUUCUGUAAGAGCGCCACUGUCCCCCUGGCAACCGUCAGCAUCAUCCCCUACUGCGUGUCUGGAGCUCUGAGCAGCGUACAGAGCAAGAAGUAUUUGUGAGGUCGUUGGCGGCCGACAUGCACAUAGUCUCGUGUAUUCGGAUAUGACUCCAGAAUUGAACCGUGCUGUAAUCCUUAAUCAUUCCAUGCAUUGACUUUCUUCCCAAACUGCCCAAGCGAUCAACAAGCCAUUGUGGUCUUUGUCUACCCUACUUUCAUCCAGUCACCCACUGUAAAGGUCUUAUUUUCUUAUCUACACAGUGUGAACACUAUAAUGAAAGGAUUAUCCAGUGAAUUACUCAGUGGCACUUUAGACACUGUGGUUUGAUUGUAUCAAAACUGAUCAUUUAUAAGUAGUUCAGUGCGAACUCAGGAGUCCAGAAAGUUAAUGUUCCUGUUUUGAAACGAGAUAAAGCCGAGAGAAAAUCCAGGAGAAAAUGAGCUCAAAAGCUCUCUCAGGGACUUUAGUGGCCUGCUUUACAGUGCGUUCUAAGAAUAUGUUAUACAUGAAUAACUUUGUUCAUAUUUUUUUUGUAACUGUAUUUUUCCUGUUUAAUAUAUUUGUAGAAAUUCUGUCAUAUUUAUAAUAAAAAUCUUUAAAAUAUA